CUCUCUAUACUGGUGUAUAAUUCUGUGUAUUGCUUAUCACCUUUCUUCUCCAACGAAGAGAGAGAAAGAGGAGAGAGAGAGAGAGGGGGGGUGUGAGUGACUGCAGCGCACGUCGGCGCAUAUGUUAAUCAAGCCCUUAUUUGUUCUUAUUAACCUUUCAACUUUCCCAUUUCUGUUUAUGGGCUGAGUAUUUCUUUAUACACACUCUCUCUCCCAUCGAAAAUCGCUUCGUUCCCACGGCAUACCACCAUUAGAGAUAUAUAAGGAUUUGCAGAAAAAAAAUUAAAAAAGCAAAGCACAAUUUGCCCAUUGGGAUUUCGAAUAUUAUUCAAUUUUAUCCUUUUUUUUAUUUUAUUAUUAUUGUUAUAAUUAAUUGUGGUUUUCUCGCACCAAACUCUGGCGGACCUCAGAGGAACCCUAGCGUUCCUCAUCUCGUCGGUUUCAUCGGAUUGUUUGUAUUUGAAAUCGAGGAAGAGAAAGCAGAAACUCUUCUACAGAGGUACGAAAAUGUUGUGGAUAAUGAGAUUUUCGGGGUUUUUCUCUGCGGCGAUGGUGAUGAUUGUGCUCUCCCCUUCUCUUCAAUCCUUUCAUCCGGCGGAGGCAAUUAGAUCUUCUCAGGUAGAUUCAUAUCUCAGAUUCCCCACAUCCCCAAUUUUAUUCGACAAAUUCUCCUUCCGUCGAGCCCCGGCCUUCCGCAAUGCCGGCGAGUGCCGCCCGUCGAAAUCGGACAAGCCCAGCGUCUGCGAUCCGUCUCUGGUUCACGUUGCGAUUACUCUCGACGGCGAAUACCUACGUGGCUCAAUCGCCGCCGUCCAUUCGAUUCUCCAGCAUUCCAAGUGUCCUGAGAGCGUGUUUUUCCAUUUCCUGGUUUCGGAAACGAAUCUCGAAACCCUAGUCCGAUCCACUUUCCCUGAAUUGAAGUUUAAAGUGUAUUUCUUCGACCCGGAAAGAGUGCGGAGUCUGAUUUCGAGCUCCGUCAGGCAGGCGCUUGAACAGCCGUUGAAUUACGCCCGGAAUUAUUUAGGGGAUCUUCUAGAAAACUGUGUGACUAGGGUUAUCUACUUGGAUUCCGAUCUGGUUGUGGUCGAUGACAUAUCAAAGCUCUGGAGUACAAGCUUGGGGAAGAAGACAAUCGGCGCGCCGGAGUAUUGCCACGCAAACUUCACUAAAUAUUUCACGGAGCAUUUCUGGGCGGAUCCUCGAUACGCCGGCGUGUUCUCCAGCCGGAGCCCGUGCUAUUUUAACACCGGGGUGAUGGUGAUAGAUCUGGACAAGUGGAGGCGGUUCGGUUACACGCGCCGCAUUGAGCAGUGGAUGGAGACGCAGAAGACAAGCCUGAGCCGGAUAUACGAGCUGGGCUCGCUGCCGCCGUAUUUACUGGUGUUCGCCGGACACGUGGCGCCGAUCGAACACAGGUGGAAUCAACAUGGAUUGGGUGGGGAUAAUGUGCGUGGUAGCUGCAGGGACCUCCACGCCGGUCCGGUGAGCUUGCUCCACUGGAGCGGCAGCGGCAAGCCGUGGCUUCGGCUCGACUCGAAGCAGCCGUGCCCGCUCGACUCGUUGUGGGCCCCGUUCGAUUUGUAUGGUCAGUCGACGUGAUAUUAUUCUUUUUUUUGUUUCCUCCGCCGGUAAAUUCUUUCAGCUACUACUGUUCACUUUUUUUUUGUACCUCUGCUCGUGAUUUUUUUUUACCCUCCUAUAAUUUCAUUUUAUUUUUCACCAUCUUCGAUUAUAGUUUUUUUUUUUUAAUUCCAUUUAGUUUGAUGAUGAAUUCGGAUUCCUUCUUGUAGACAUUGUUUUUUGUUGAUUAAAAUCAUUACAUGUCAUGAUCGAUUUGUACUCUUAUUCCAUUUACUUUCUCUCUCUUGAAAAUAAAAAUAAAGUAAAAAGAAGGAUAUGAUAUAUAUUCA